AAAAAUGUCAAGUUAAAAUUCAUAAAUACAAAUAACUAUAAUGUAAACAUAAAUUUAGUAAAUGCGUUGAAAUAUAACUCAUUUUGUAGUGAUGUAAAUGUCAAUUUGACAGUUCUUCCGUUUCUGUUAAUAACACAUCCACACAUUUUGUAACCCUAUUCACUCAAAAUUUGUUUAAAUUUCCAUUUGAUUAUCUGAAUAUAUAAUGCCGCCGAAAAAAGUCGCAGCACCUAGUAAGAAAACUGAACAAAAAAAAAAGGAAAAAAUCAUUGAGGAUAAAACAUUUGGUCUUAAAAAUAAGAAGGGAUCCAAGCAACAAAAAUUUAUACAGCAAGUACAAAAACAAGUACAGAGUGGUGGACAUCAUCCCCGGCAGGAUGGCGAUAAACGUAAAGAAGAGAAAGAUAAGAAAUUGGCUGAUCAAAAAGAGCUUGCUAUGAUAUUUAAACCUGUACAAUCGCAAAAAGUUGAAAAAGGUACUGACCCCAAAUCGGUUGUAUGCGCAUUUUUCAAACAAGGCACUUGCACAAAAGGAGAUAAAUGUAAAUUUUCUCAUGACUUAUCGAUAGAAAACAAGGUUGAAAAACGUUCCAUAUAUGUAGAUAUGCGAGAUGCGGAGGAUGAUAUGCAGAAUUGGGACGACGCUAAAUUAAAGGAAGUUGUAGACACAAAACACGCCGGUGAAAAGAAAAGACCUACUACUGAUAUUAUAUGUAAAUAUUUUAUUGAAGCAGUGGAAAAAUCAAAAUAUGGUUGGUUUUGGGAGUGCCCGAAUGGCGAAAAAUGUAUUUAUCGUCAUGCCCUACCUCAAGGCUAUGUGCUAAAAAGAGAUAAAAAGAAGGAAGAUAAGCCAACAGAAAUAUCCUUGGUCGAUUUAAUUGAGAAAGAACGUGCAGCACUUGGACCUAAUCAAACGAAAGUUACCUUAGAAUCGUUCUUGGCGUGGAAAAAGCGAAAACUGCAAGAGAAAAAAGAAAAAUUGGCAGCGGAAGAGGAGCGCAAAAAGAGCGAUUACAGCAAAGGCAAACAAUUUGGUAUUUCUGGACGUGAAAUGUUUAGCUUUAAUCCAGAUUUGGUGGACGAUGGUCCAAUGGAAGAUGGUGAUGCAGCAUUUGAUAAUUAUCAACGCGACGAUGACGAUGACGAUAACAUUGUAGAGUUUAAAGAAUUGGACUUAUCGGAACUUGCAUUGGCUGCUCAAGAAGUAGAUGGCACAGGUACUAUAGCGUCAACAUCCCGACUCAAAGAUCAAUACGACGAGGCGGCAGCAAAUAAUUCGUCAUUGUCUGAUGCAGCUUGUGGUACUACGGAAGCAAUAGAUAAUGCCGAACCAAUAAAUAAAGAACUUUUUAUGGACUUAGUAGACGAGCUCGAUGAUUUAGAUAUUGAUGGUGAUGAUGAUGAUGACGACGAUGAAGACUAAAAUUAAUUGUUACAUUCUCUACGUUUGUUACAUUACAGGUAAAAAAAAUUCUAUAGCAUAAAGAAUAAAAACAGUUUGCUUAUAUAUUUUAAAACACAUCAUUGUUGAAAAUUAUUUAAUAAAGAAGUUUCGAAGUCUUGCAAUUUUA